AUGUCCUCAAACCAAUUCACCCUGGCGUCACCGCCCACGGAUGCGAUCUCUGCCCUCAAAUUCUCGCCCGACCCAAACUCGACACGAUUGGUUGUGUCGUCAUGGGAUAAGAAUGUCUAUCUUUACGAUCUGAGAGAUGAGAACGGUGCUGUCGGCGAAGGGAAGCUGCUUCAAAAAUUUGAACAUCGCGCGCCUGUGCUGGAUGUCUGUUUCGGUGAAAACGAGAAUGAGAUCUACACGGCGGGCUUGGACUGGGACGUGCGAAAGAUCGAUCUGAACACUUCGGAGCAGACCGUGCUCAGCAGCCACGAAGCCGGAGUGCGUAGCGUGGUCUACAGUCGCGAACACAAUCUGGUCAUCUCUGGAUCAUGGGACUCAACCCUCCAUGUACAUCGACCUGAUGCUGGCGCAAACACACAAUCCGUCCCGGCGACGAUCCCUCUCCCCUCCAAGCCCUUCUCCCUCUCUCUCACGGCUACCAAGCUGGUCGUCGCAAUGGCCUCUCGCGCCCUACACAUUUACGAUCUCAAGGGAUUGGCGCUUCUCACGGCGCAAGCAGAUGGCGACACUGUGGAAGGUAACAGAGUGGAACUGGAACCCUGGCAACGGCGGGAGAGUAGCUUGAAAUUUAUGACUCGCUGUGUGGCCUGUAUGCCUGACGACGCUGGGUACGCCUCUUCCAGCAUUGAAGGUCGUGUGGCGGUUGAAUGGUUCGACCCUUCCCCUGAAUCGCAGGCCCGCAAAUACGCUUUCAAGUGCCAUCGUCAAACGGCUGAAGAUGGUGUGGAUGUGGUGUACCCUGUGAAUGCGCUGGCUUUCCACCCGGUCUUUGGUACAUUUGCCUCGGGGGGAGGUGAUGGUGUGGUGGCCCUGUGGGAUGGCAUCUCCAAGCGUCGGAUCCGUCAAUACCAGAAAUAUCCCUCGAGUGUGGCCGCACUUGGGUUCAGCGGUAAUGGCAAGUAUCUGGCCAUUGCCAUUAGCCCUGGCUUUGAAGAUGGCAAGGAAGAUAUUUCGGACGGUGUGGUCCGGAUCAUGGUCAAGGAAUUGGGUGAGACCGAGGCCAAGGCCAAGGGAGCGAAAUAG